GAGAGCCGUUGAUGUUUACUGGGCGUGAGGGAAAGAGCCUUGUGAAGGAGCGGUGACUCGUCUCCGUCCUCAACUUCGGGCCCUGGAGCUGGACGCCCUCGAAAACGCUUUGCUGUUAUGGGCCUUCGGAAGAAGAAUAAGAGCCCACCAGUCCUCAGCCAUGAGUUCGUUAUCCAGAACCACGCGGACGCCGUGUCCUGCUUGGCUAUGGGCCUCCUGCUGGGGCUCAUGUUCGAGGUUACAGCCAAAUAUGCCAUCAUGUUUAUUACAGUUCAAUACAAUGUUACCUACACUACAGAUGACAGGCCUGAGCCAGUUCAUUUCUAUGAAUAUGGUCCAAAAGAUGUGGCCACCAUCUUUUUCUACAUGCUUAUAGCCAUUAUUCUGCAUGCAGUGAUUCAGGAAUACAUACUAGAUAAAAUUAAUAGACGUCUGCACUUGUCAAAAACAAAACAUAGCAAAUUCAACGAAUCAGGGCAACUAGCAUUUUUCUACUUGUGUUCAUUUGUAUGGGGAGCAAGUAUUUUGUCUGCAGAAGAAUUUACAACAAACCCAACUUUGUUGUGGAAAGAUUAUCCACAUUCUCAUAUGUUUUUUCAGGUUAAAUUCUUCUAUAUCUGCCAAAUUGCCUAUUGGCUGCACACACUGCCAGAACUCUACUUCCAAAAAAUAAGAAAGGAAGAUAUUCCAAGACAAUUACAGUAUAUUUGCCUUUAUAUUUCCCACAUAUCUGGUGCCUACAUUUUGAAUCUUCAGCGUUUGGGUCUAAUUUUGCUGGUACCUCAUUACCUUGUGGAACUUAUUUUUCAUGCCUCACGACUUUUCUACUUCAGUGAUGAGAAUAAGCAGAAAGGAUUUACCUUGUGGGCUCUACUGUUUGUCAUGGCUCGUCUUCUAACCCUAACAUUGUCAGUCUUGACAUUUGGAUUUGGUCUGGCAACAGCAGAAAAUCCUGGCUUUUCAAUAGCAGAAGGAAACUUUAAUAUACUGACUAUUAGAAUUAGCUGUCUGGCUGCAAUUUGUUUGACCCAAGCUUGGAUGAUGUGGAAAUUCAUCAAUUUUCAGUUAAAGAAAUGGAGAGAACAUAUACAGAAUCAGAUUCCCAAGAAAAAAACAAAUAUAAAGGUUAAAUCAACAAAAAAGGAAUCAUGCAGACCUAACUUUGUCAAUGGAGCAGUCAAAUUUGAAGAGGGCAUGUCACCUAGAAAAAGAAAAUCAAAAUUUUUGUGAGGAGUAGUGGACAAUGAUUUGACAGAGGACUUUGAUCAUUAAGUUCCAUCAUGACACAGAGAGACUGUCUGACUGCUUUGGCUAGAAGAUGUCAUUUAAAAGAAUAUAUUUUUAAACUUCUGUUCAUCAAAACAAAACUUAUGACAACCAUAUUUCAUCAUGAGUUUAGCUUAUUUAACAUUAUGGUACAGACUCAACAGUUUUAGUUUUUGAAAAUGAAAUUUGUUGUAUCCUCACAUGUAUGUACGAUGCUGCAAUAUUAGGGGAACAUGGAAGGCUUAUAAACCACAUCUCUGUUUGAAACAUCAAAAUAUAACAUUUCAAUUUAUGGGUAGAUUUUUUAGAAACCUUAAUUUCUGGACAUACAGCUAAACAUUAUUUUUCUUUUUGUGUAAAACUUUUUGAUAUAUUACUGUUCUCUUCAUUAUACUGCCUGAUUAUGUCUCUUACUGAAGAGGCAAUUUAGUGUCAUCCCCCUCCCCCCAAUUUUAAACAUUUGCCAGGUUCUGAUAUGUAUUUGGUUAAAGCCAAUAUUUAUGGACUGAUGAAGUUGAUCAUCUCUGAAAACAGUUUAACAUAGGCUAUGAUGUGCAUUUGAAGAAUGACUGACAAGGCCAGAUUUUGCAGAAUUUAUCUCCUGAUCAAAUAUGAGACCCCAAAUAAUUUGUUUUAUAUACAUGGCUUCUGAAGACUUUUAAGGAAAGUUUUGAAAUAUUUUAAAAUUGUGCUUAAAAGUUUGCUUUAUUUUGGUGUAGGGAUCUAUGAAACUGAUAAUAGUUGAUAUCUCUCAACAUGAAUAUUUAACACGCAUAGCUGCAAAUGACUUUCCCAGUAUAAAGUCAACUUUUGGCAGUUUAUGGUAUAACAACAAUAGUGAGGUAUUUCUUGUCAUACAACAACAAUAAUAAAUAGUACUACUACCUGGUGCUUUAAUGUAAUUUCUGCCCAUUUCUUUCAUUACAGCAAAAGCUUGUAAUUUCAAAACAAAUUUAACUAUAGUUGAGGUGCAUAAUUACUAAAUAGCACUAUUGUGUGCUGAAAUACUAUUUUAUCUAUAUUCUGAAUUAUUGUUUUUGGAAAACAGCAGACACUUUAAGACAAUAUUGGCUGGGAUUCAGAACUAGCUGCUUGCAUUUGUCCUGUAAUUUUCUUCAUAUUUUUGAACUGCUGAUUUCUGUGUCAUGCCAAAAAUCGUGUGUUCUAAAGUCCUUUCAGUUACAAUUCGCCAUGCAGCAUAGCAGAAAGACUAAAGAAUCUCCUGGGGAACUGAGAGGACACAUGGAAUAAACAAAUACACUGCUGAAACUUUAUUCUAAUCUCAGAAGGGAAAAUUAAUUCUAAAGUUGGACAGUUGGAUCCAGUUUGCAUGCAACAAAUAAUCCCCAGUGUCUUAACUGGCAUGCUUUGGCAUGUGUGGAAAUAAAGUUGUUGGCUCCUGAUCUCUUGCGCACUUUCAUUCCACUUGGUGAACUGUUCCUGGAUUGUUGUCCAUAAUGUGUGUGUAAACUCAAACUUUGGAAUGUUAAGAUAAAACCCAGACUUUUAGCCCAUGGUUAACAACCUAGGAAUGGGAUCACUUGGUUGUAUAAAAAAAUGGAAGCAGAUGAACGGUCAGGAGCCAGCAUGCUUUGCUGACUCACUCCCAUGUUCUUGGUAUUGGGCAGUUUAGAAGUGUAAUAAACCAUGGUUGUCUGUACUGUGUGAACUGGUUCAUAAUGCCUUUUUUCUCACACUGUUUCUAGCUAGUUAUAGAACAAAAGAUAAAUGGGUUGGUUGUAGGGUUUAACUCCCUUUUGUUUGGAUUGUCUAAAAGCUUUAACAUUGAUCAGUUCUGUAAAUAGGCCAUGCUGAUGGAUGCUAUCACAAAAGCUGAAGUUUGUAAGGAUGUAAUGCUGUACAUGUUUAUAGCGAGCCUAAAUAUACGUAAGAUUUCAUCUUAAGGACAUUACAGAGCAGACUUCCUGAACUUAGUUCUCUCCAACUAUCUUGAUCUUUAAUUGCCAUCAGCCAGUGGCUCAAAAAUACUGGAAGUUGUUCAAAACACCCAAAGGUCCUCAGGUCGGGGAAGGCCGUUAUAGGGGUUCAAUCACUAUUAAAACUCUCAGUUACAGAAGUUCUGGUUUGAAUCCUAGCAGCUUGAUAGUGACAUCUACAGGCAUUGCAAAACUAUUCCAGCAUUUCUAUGUCAGAUUUCCGUAAAUCAGUGGAGCUCUCCUAAUGCUACACUUAGUAAAGAAGCUUAUAUAAGAGCUCUGUUAUUAUUGAAACAACUUCAUAUAAAAUUAACCUAGGGGACAGUGCAUCCAAAUCCCUCAGUAGGUAGACAAUAGAAGAGUCCCCCUUAACCCACAGAGAAUAAGGGAGCAAGAACGGCUGGGUUUGGACAACAUCCUGGCUCUUUGUGGAUUAUUUAACCUAUGAUGAGCUUGGUGCUUGCAGGUGGCAAUUUGCAUAGUCAGCCUCCACUUAGGACUCAAGUAAAUGUGAGUUAUAUAAGGGUUAAACAAUCCUUGUAUAACACUGAAACAGACUAUGGCAUGAUCCACACUGGCCAGGUUUGUACAACAUAGCAACUCCUAUGAGAGUUGGCAUAUUACAAAGGGUGGCCACGCAGAACACAGCCAUGUGUUGUGUUAUGUAAACAGCCAUUCUACAUGUCUGCAUGCUUCACCAUCUUAAAUUGCAUAUGUUAGCUAAGGUAAGUUAUGUUUUUCAUUUUCAUGAAAAUUGUUACUAAAAAAAGUUAGCCACUGAAGUGCUAAACAUCAGGAAAACAGUACAGGUCUUUGGCAAAAUGUUAAUGACUAGUUGAGAAAACAAGAUAGUUGCCUCUCAAUCUUGUGGUAAAAUUAUACCUGACCAAAAUCCUGUGAUAAACAAGUGACCUAUAUCAUUCUUUAUUUCUCCUUACCAUUCAAUCACAAGUAUUUAGAUAUUGCUACAUAGGAAAAAUCAUUCUUUUGAUAUGAGAAACAAGAUUUUUUUGUAUGUUAUUUUGUUCUAUAAUUUGUAUGCAAAAUGUUAUUCAGGAUUUGAUCCUAUUUUACUCAUUUGCCAACCUGUUCCUCUGUGCAAACUAAGUGGAAUUUUGUCUGUGAUGUUUCAUAAUCCUGUAUAUUUCUACUGAAUAUGUUUUACCAUGGAACUAGAAUAUAUUUUUUUAUUGUUUCAAUAAACUUUUGUUUGUAUUAUUAUUGCCUCGUUUGAUAAAAGCAUCAUUUUCUGAGCAGCUUUGUUGAAAACAUUUUAUGAUUUAGUUUUCAGCUGUACUGCUCACAAAGCAAUGCUUUCUCUGAUCUGCAUGCUUAUGGUACUGGGCAGUUCUCUGAGGAGGCCAAAGGCCAGUUACACCUAUUUCAUCAUCAGGAUAGUAGCUGUGGAUGCUGUGGGAUUACAGGUUGAAGUUUGUAUUGUCUAAACUGUAUGUGAUAAUUUCAAACAAUUUCCCAAAAUAGAAUGUUAACAUAAUAAAUGAAAUGUGCCAGAAAAUGAAAAGUUUUCAUGACAAGGGAAUGAUAAUGGACUUUGGAUUUGUGGCAUUUGUUCACUAGUCCAGGUUUAGAACUGCAUUACAUAUCCAUGGGAGAUAAUAGUUCAAUUACUCAUUGUUACCAGAAUUACAUUCUGAACAUACACUACACAUUUUAAUUUAUUCCCUUUUUAUUUCUGACAGGUGAUCUCAAGUAUUUUAAAUGUAUGUUAAUGUCCUUGAAAUGCAAGUAUUUUGUGUAUAGAUACUUGUAUGUGUGUACACCUGAUUUCUGUGGACUGGAAGAAAAAAAAUCUGUACUUUUGCAGCAUGAGAGGAACUUAAAUUGAAUACCAUACUGUCCUGUGUCAUUGCACUGCACUGAUUGAUGUUUUAUGUACUAUCAAAUGCAUUAAAUAAAAGGUGGUCAUGUGCCUUAGGUUAAUUCUGA